UGACCCGCCAAUAAAUCCCUAAUUUUCUUCUAUUCUUAUUUGCUCCUAGAGAUUGUGAAUCUAAUUAUCAAAAGUAUGAUCUUAGAUUUCUACUUUUAUCAUUUUGAGAAUUUUUUAACAGUAUGUUGAUGACUUCAAUAUGUGUUCAUUUUUCUAGCGUCUCUCCGUACACCGGAUUUAUGACCACCUACUUUAUAAUUCCCAGCGUUCUGCCAUUCACAGACUCUCCAUUCUCUCCUACUAAACAGUCAUGGCUACAGUUUCCUCUUCCCAAAAACCUCUUGAUGAUGAGGAAGACGAUGGUAAAGAGAGGACGUGCAAAAGGUACAGUGAGAUCAUUUCAACCCUUCCAAAGGAAAAAGGCUGGACAACUGAGCAUAUGUAUCAGUACCAGGGCUUUUGGUACCAUUCCGUAGUUGGCUUACAAGGAAUCAUGUGGGUGGAAGAACACUUUAAGCCACGACAUGAAGACCUUCUCUUAGUCUCUGCUCCAAAAUCGGGCACAACAUGGUUUAAAUCUCUCAUGUUUGCUAUUAUGAAUCGAGGCCAGUAUGAUUGUUCAACACAUCCUUUGCUCACCACCAGCCCUCAUGAGCUUGUUCCUUUCUCGGAAAUAUUCUUUCACCUAAACAUCCCAUUCCCAAAUCCAGAUACACUUUCUCCUCCUCAAAUCUUCCAUACCCACCUCCCUUUUACUUCAUUAUCUCAGUCUGUCCUAGAUUCUCAGUGUCGGAUCGUAUAUGUUUGUCGAAAUCCAAAAGACACGUUUGUCUCUUUGUUUCACUUCCUGCAGAAGAAGGAAGAGGAAAAUCCAAGAGAACCACUUUCCUUUGAAGAGGCAUUUGAGCAAUUUUGCAAAGGAGUUUCUGUGUAUGGCCCCUUCUGGGAUCACGUAUUGGGGUACUGGAAGGCAAGCUUAGAGUGGCCUGAGAGGGUCCUGUUCUUGAAAUACGAGGAUAUGAAGGUGGAUUCUUCAUUCCAUCUCAAGAGGUUAGCAGAGUUCAUGGGCUAUGCCUUCUCUUUAGAGGAAGAAAAACAAGGCUUGGUGAAAGAAAUUUUAAAGUUGUGUAGUUUCGAGAAUCAAAGUAAUUUGAGAGUUAAUAAGACAGGAAGAUUUCGAGUUGGGCACAUGAGCAUGGAGAACAAUCCAUUCUUUAGGAAAGGCGAGGUUGGAGACUGGAAGAAUCAUCUAACAGCUGAGAUGGCUGAGCGCCUUGACAGGAUCACAGGGCAAAAGUUGAACGGUUAUGAUUUGAGAUUCCUGGAUACCUUAGAUAAGUGAGUUGUUUCAUCUGUAAUUUCAUGCCAUGAAGAAAUAAAUUCAUACUGGAUGGAGUUGAAUUAGACCGGCCGAUAGGCAAAAUAUUAAAUAGUAGUCUGUAAUUUCAGUUUCAAUUUCUUAACCUUGGUGUUUCUUUCUCGUCCAUGUGAGACGGUGUAUCUAUUCAUUUCAAUUAGUAUAUCUGUAAGCUGCUAUGAAAUGGUCGUGGGUAAUUUCAGUUUCAAAAUGUUCCACAUGUUUUUUCACCACUAGCAACCUCAGUGUUGUGAAAACGAACCGGCGGUGAUCCCCAGCUUCCAUCUAGGAGGCGGUGUCGUUCUUUUACUGAUUCUUGCCUCCCAUUAAUGUAAUGAUAUUCAAUAGAAUAUAGUAAAGUAUUAAUUAUUUU